AUGGGUAAAGAUGUUGUAGUAGAUAUCGCCCCUAAAUGUAUUAGUGGGCUAGAGUUUAGUGCAUUAUCAGCAAAGGAUAUAGUUGCACAAUCAGAAGUUGAAAUUCAAACUAGGGAUUUAUAUGAUUUAGAAAAAGGAAGGACACCUAAAGAAGGUGGUGCAUUAGACACAAGAAUGGGUAUAUCAUCGAACGCAUCGGAAUGUAGAACUUGUCAUGGAAAUUUAGCAUCAUGUCAUGGUCAUUUUGGGCAUAUUAGACUAGCAUUGCCAGUAUUUCAUGUUGGAUAUUUCAAAGCUAUAAUAUCAGUGCUUCAAUGUAUUUGUAAAAAUUGUGCAUCCGUAUUACUAGAUCCUCAAAGUAAAAGACAAUUUUUGACUGAGUUAAGACGUCCAAAUAUUGAUAACUUGAAAAGAAUGAAAAUAUUAAAGAAAAUUAGUGAUCAAUGUAAGAAACAAAGACGUUGUCUAAAAUGUAAUCAUGUUAAUGGAGUAGUAAAGAAAGCAGCUAGUGGUGCUGGUCCAGCAGCAUUAAAAAUCGUUCAUGAUACUUUCAGAUGGAUUGGUAAAAAAGAUACUCCAGAAAAGGACAAAUGGGAUAAAGAGUUAGAAAAAGUAUUCAACAGAAAUCCUGAGUUAGAGAAAUACGCCAAAAGAGUACAAGAAGAUUUCAACCCAUUAAAAACCUUAAAUUUAUUCAAACAAAUUACUCCUUCAGAUUGUGAAUUAUUUGGAAUGAACUCAUCAAAAGGUGGUAGACCUGAAAUGUAUAUUUGGAGAUAUCUACCGGCGCCACCAGUCUGUAUCAGACCGUCAGUCAUGAUGGAUGCUCAAUCAAAUGAAGAUGAUUUAACAGUGAAAUUAACAGAGAUUGUUUGGACUUCAUCAAUGAUCAAAGCAGGGAUUAUAAAAGGUAUUUCCAUAAAUAAUUUAAUGGAACAGUGGGAUUAUUUACAGUUAUCAGUUGCAAUGUAUAUAAAUUCAGAUUCAGCAAAUCCUGCAUUAAUGGCUGGUGCAGGUGGAGGAUCAAAAUCAGCAAAACCUAUUAGAGGAUUCUGUCAAAGAUUGAAAGGUAAACAAGGUCGAUUUAGAGGUAACCUAUCAGGUAAAAGAGUUGAUUUUUCUGGUAGAACUGUUAUUUCACCUGACCCGAAUUUAAAGAUUGAUGAGGUUGCUGUACCAGAUAGAGUGGCAAAAGUUUUAACAUAUCCAGAAAAAUGUACUAGAUACAACAGAAAGAAACUUCAAGAACUAAUUGUAAGAGGGCCGGAUGUUCAUCCAGGAGCUAAUUAUGUGAUGAAACAAAAUGAAGCAAGUAAAAGAAAUUUAAGAUUUGGUGAUCGUGUCAAACUAUCUAGAUCAUUACAGAUUGGGGAUGUUGUCGAACGUCACAUAGAAGAUGGAGAUGUUGUUCUUUUUAAUCGUCAACCGUCAUUGCAUAGAUUAUCAAUUUUAUCGCAUUAUGCAAAAAUCAGACCAUGGAGAACUUUUAGAUUGAAUGAGUGUGUCUGUACGCCGUAUAAUGCAGAUUUCGAUGGAGAUGAAAUGAAUUUACAUGUUCCACAAACAGAAGAAGCAAGAGCAGAAGCCAUCAAUUUAAUGGGAGUGAAGAACAAUUUAUUAACACCAAAAUCUGGUGAGCCAAUUAUUGCAGCAACACAAGAUUUUAUUACUGGUUCAUAUUUAAUAUCUCAUAAAGAUUCAUUUUUUGAUCGAGCACAACUAGUACAAUUAUUGAGUAUGAUGUCCGACGCAGAUGUUCAAUUUGACAUUCCACCACCUUCAAUAUUCAAACCAGUAAUGUUAUGGACUGGUAAACAAGUUUUCUCAUUACUUAUAAAACCAAAUAAACAAAGUAAAGUAGUCAUAAAUUUGAAUGCUAAAAAUAAAACUUUCCAUCCACCUCCGAAGGGAUUACCUAAUGAAAUGUCGCCAAAUGAUGGGUUUGUGAUAAUAAGAGGUUCUCAAAUUUUAUCAGGAUUAAUGGAUAAAUCAACAUUAGGUGAUGGUAAAAAACACUCAGUAUUUUAUACAAUUUUAAGAGAUUAUGGUCCUCAAGAAGCAGCAAUAGCAAUGAAUAGAAUGGCUAAAUUAUGUGCAAGAUUUUUAGGAAAUCGUGGGUUUUCAAUUGGUAUUAAUGAUGUUACACCGGCUUAUGAAUUAAGACAAAAGAAAGAAUUGAUGGUAGAACAAGCGUAUUUAAAAUGUGAUCAAUUAAUUGAUUUAUAUAAUAGAGGUAAAUUAGAAACUCAACCAGGUUGUAACGAAGAACAAACUUUGGAGGCAAAAAUUGGUGGUCUUUUAUCAAAAGUUAGAGAAGAAGUUGGUGAAGUUUGUAUUAGAGAGUUAGACUCUUCGAAUGCACCAUUGAUUAUGGCUACUUGUGGUUCAAAAGGUUCCACAUUAAAUGUUUCUCAAAUGGUGGCGGUUGUUGGUCAACAAAUUAUAUCAGGUCAUCGUGUUCCUGAUGGUUUUCAAGACAGAUCAUUACCACAUUUCACAAAAAAUUCCAAAACUCCACAAUCUAAAGGUUUUGUUAGAAAUUCAUUUUACAGUGGUUUAACUCCUCCAGAAUUCUUGUUCCAUGCUAUUUCUGGUAGAGAAGGUUUGGUUGAUACUGCCGUUAAAACUGCGGAAACUGGUUAUAUGUCUAGACGUUUAAUGAAAUCCUUAGAAGAUUUAUCAUCACAAUAUGACAAUACUGUAAGAAACUCGUCAAAUGGUAUUGUUCAAUUCACUUAUGGUGGUGAUGGUUUAGAUCCAUAUGAUAUGGAAGGUGAUGCAAAACCAGUUAAUUUUGUUAGACAAUGGGAUCAUGCAUAUAAUAUAACUUACAAUGUAAAAGAUAAGCCAUUAUUGCCAUAUGAGAUUAUGGAAGUAGUGGACAUAACAUUAAAACCGUUGUUACUGAAAAUUAAAGUUUCAAUCCCUGAUGAUAUGGAUGAGGAUUCAAUGGUUGAUCAAAACGAUGCAGAAAUUGAAUUUUAUGAAUCUGUUAAAUCAUUCAUGGAGAUAAAAGCAAUAGCGUUAGCUCGAUUACGAGAAGAAAGAGGUCUCAAAGCAAAUUUUACAAGAUCUAAAGAUGAUAUGAUCAUAGAUGAAGAUGAAUCCACUAUAAAUGCUAUUAAUCAAAUAAUGAAAAUUUCUCAUAGCUCAGUCAAAGAAUUCAUGAAGCAAUGUUUAUAUAAAUACAAAAGGGCAAAAGUAGAACCUGGUACAGCUGUUGGUGCGAUUGGAGCUCAAUCUAUUGGUGAACCAGGUACACAAAUGACAUUGAAAACUUUCCAUUUUGCUGGUGUUGCCUCUAUGAAUGUUACAUUAGGUGUUCCACGUAUAAAGGAAAUUAUUAAUGCAUCUAAAACAAUUUCAACACCUAUUAUUAAUGCAGUUUUAGUAAAUGAUGAUGAUGAAAUUGCAGCUCGUGUUGCUAAAGGUAGAAUUGAAAAAACUUUAUUAAAAGAUAUUGCUUUUUACAUUGAAGAUGUUUACAAGGAUAAUUUGGCAUAUUUAUCAAUCAAGAUAGACACUGAAACCAUUGACAAAUUACAAUUAGAGUUAAACAUCCAUAACAUUGCUAAAGCUAUUUGGCUGGCUCCCAAAUUGAAGAUUUCACAAGCCGAUGUAAUGGUGAUUGGUAAAAACAGAAUCAAUGUCUUGUGUAGUGUAAAUGAUGGUAAAUUUGACAGUGUAAAACGUGAAAAUGCCAAUGCAUUAUUUUUCAGAAUGCAAUCGUUAAAAAGACUGUUACCUGAUAUUUGUAUAGAAGGUUUACCAAAUAUUUUCAGAGCUGUUAUCAAUAUUAAAGAUGAUGGUAAAAAGGAAUUACUUGUUGAAGGUUAUGGAUUGAAAGAAGUCAUGAAUACAGAAGGUAUUGUUGGUACAAAAACCACUACCAAUCAUGUUCUUGAAGUUAAUCAAAUUUUAGGUAUUGAAGCAGCUAGAGGGUCCAUAGUAAGAGAAAUUGAUUAUACUAUGAGUAAUCAUGGUAUGAGUGUUGAUCCUCGUCAUAUUCAAUUAUUAGGUGAUGUUAUGACUUAUAAAGGAGAAGUAUUAGGUAUUACAAGAUUUGGAUUAAGUAAAAUGAGAGAUUCGGUUUUACAACUAGCUUCUUUUGAGAAAACAACUGAUCAUUUAUUUGAUGCUGCAUUUUAUAUGAAAAAAGAUGCUAUAGAAGGUGUUUCUGAAUGUAUUAUAUUGGGACAAACUAUGAGUAUUGGUACUGGUGCUUUUAAACUAGUUAAAUCUUCAAAUUAUGAUAAAAAGGUUUUGAGAAAAAAGCCAACUUUAUUUGAAUCUUGUUGUGAAGUAGCUAGUGUAGCUUAA